AUUCGGAUUGCCAAUACAGUACGGUAGGUGUGAUUUUUAAAAAAUACAAAAUGCAUACAAUAACAACACAAUAUAUUUAAUAAGUACGGAAUUUCGCACCUCACUUUAAACUAUACAUUGUUUCUCAAUAGGUGUAAAUAAUUGUGUCCACAUGCCUAAAUCCAAUUAGACAAGACUGGGUUUGAACUCUUAAAUCGGUUGUUCAAGGUUCAGUUGUCCGACGAUUAAGCUGUCGUUUCAGAUAGUGAUGUAUUUAUUAUCACUAGUAAGAUUACAUAAUUCAAAAUAUAUUACAAAACAAAUUUAAUUUUUGUGUUCAAAUAACUUCCUUUUUUAAUUUCUCGCAAACAUGACUAUAGGUUGUUAAACUUUGAUAUUAGUUUGUUCACUUAUCCGUUAUAUGUUGUCUCUGUUUAUCGUGACGUAAAUUGCAAGUGUGUUUAUAGAUUUAUGACAACACAAAUGUAAGUAAGGAUCCUCUAAUGGAAGUUUCGGCUUCAGAAAGCUGUUUUAUUUCCACUCAGUGUUUGGAUAGGGAAUUAAAUGUCGGAGUUUUUGUUAGUUUACUAAUGCAGUGGUACUUCAUCCUAUUAGUUGCUUUUAGAGUAACUCAGUAGUAUGAAGAUAAUUUAUUCACAGUGCUUAAUGUGUAUUAGUUAUUUGCAUUGUUUUCAUUAUUAUACACUGAAUAUGUUAACCUGGCACAUCAAAAAAAGCAAUUAAGGAACAGUGGUGGAAACUAAACUAUGAUUCGAAAAUUUAGUAUGACGUGUUUUAUUUAAAGUUCAUGACGGAACUAAUGUACAAAAUACUAGUUUAUUUACCCAGCUUUGUGGGCCGCUGUAAGUUCUGGUGGUACUCCUUAACUACCCAAAGCAAUAAAAAGAGGGAAUAGGGUUUGAACAUAGGAUCUGUUGAUGCUUCAUCCAGUAAACUUCCAUUUUGAAGUUUACACUAGUUAUCGUAACGGAUAUUUGACUCGUUUCUUGUACUUUAUAGACUUGCGUCAACUUCGUAUAACGUUAUUUAUUAUCUGAAGGAGCGACUUGUUGUUGGUUAGUUUGACUUUCUAAGAGAAAAUAGCGUGUACGAAAUUUAUUUUCUUGAGUUCUGUCUCUAUAAAUUCAUAGGAGCUUACCCUUCACACAACUUCGGAUCACACGCCGAUUAGGAAAGAGAUCUCGAAUGUCUGUUUUUCAGUAUUUUUGCCGCAGUAUCUUCUUUAAAAUAACUGUUCAUGAAGAAAGUCUUCUUUGAUGCUGUGGAAACUCUUUCACAUCGUUGUUUUGGCUUCAGACUUUUUUCGAUGAAUCUAGGUGGAUAUCCAUUGUUGAUCAGUGUCUGCCUUAGUGUACCGAUUUUGGUAUCGAUUGUAUCCUCGGUGCGGAUGCGUCUCAUCCUUGAACAGAGAGAAUGGAUCAGGUUUCUCUUUUGCUUCAGUGAGAAUUAACUGAAAAUUCGUGUAUUGACCAUUCGAUGUCGGCUUUCUGUAUAUCAUUCUUUGUAGGGAACCGUCAGGUCUCAUUUUUACCGAAACAUCUAAGGAGUAAAAUUCUGAGUCCGACUCUGAUUUCGUCGUGAACUUAAUUGAUUUAUGACAGUCAUUGAACGCGUCCAGAAUGUCUUUGACAUUGACAUUUUUCUCACAAAUAAUGAAAGUGUCGUCUAAGUAUCUCUUGCAUAGAUAGAAGCUUUCAAUUAUUUGUCCAAGUAUAGUGUUUUUUAAUUGACAUUAGUCGUUUCAUUUUAAUUGUGUGAGGGCUAUGAUACUGCUCAGGUGCCUAGACCAAAGCAGGUGGUUUUCGUAGGGGGCCACACCUCGAGCCUUUGACCUAAAGGUCUGACCGACAUGGCAGUGGAGCAUCGUGAGGAGAUGCAGUCCCAUGGUAGCCAGUGGCCAACAUUUGGUUCGUACGCCAUUUGUUCCUUCAGGAUCCUGGAACCCAUGUGCACCAGUGGUUUAGGAUCAGGGUUUUCCAACUCCCCUGGAUGAACUCUCCAUGUCCACCAACCCGGUUAAAGCGCCAGACCUUCGCUUUUCGUCCUCUCAAUAUCGUAAAUAACACCCUCGCCACGAGAAAGCAGUUAGUAGAACUUCCCUGUCAGAGGCUGUAUAUGCGUGGCCAUAUGAAAGCAUUUCGAGAGGGUAGGCAGGCCCUCCUCACUCUCGGCCGUACCAGGGCAUUAAAAUGAAAUGACAAUGAUUAUUGGACAUAAGUUGACAUUAGUUGGUAGUGAAAUGAAACUACCGAGUGGAUCUUUCUGAAGUCAGAAGCAGGGUGCUGAGUAACAAUGGCAAACCAGUUGAUGAGUUAGUGAAUCCUUAUCUAUUGAGUUGGCUGAACUAUGUAUUAUGCAUGAUCAACAAAGUUUAUACGCGAUAUCUGCUGGUGUAGGUGUCGAGUCAAAGAGCGCUAGGGUUAGCCAAACUAAAAAGUGGCAUCGGUUCAUGAAAUUAGCCUUGAUAAUUUCUUCUUGAUAUGCUUAUGUGAUGUGACAGCUUGAAAUCUGUCAGGUACCACACUACUUACAACUAAUUGACUUCAUGAAUGAAUGAAAGCGACAAUUUUGCACACAUUCUAAUCGCUAGCGGAAAUCUUAGUUUGAAAUUUCCCAUUUAUUUAUGUUUUUUAGUUUAUUUAUCUUAUCACGAAUUUUUUACAGUCUUUUAAGAGACCCAAGCCAAAUACCAAAUUUUGCUGUACACGACAUAAACGUAAAAAAUUUAACUGGUGAAGAUUGGAUCCUAGUUUUACCACCUUGGGGUCCACUUCCUCAUUGGUUCAAUGAUAGAUCAUAUGAAAGAUAUACAAAUCAUAGUUAUUUUAAUAAUUGGUCAGGCAUUCCAUGGUCAAUGUUUUUUGAUUUAAACAGUCUCUCAUUAUUUAUACCAGUUAUGGAUUUAAUUGAAUUUCAACGCAGUAACGUAUUGGAUUCACAACAAUCAUUAUUAAACAGGUCAUCCAAUCAUCCGUUGACAAUCGAUUUAGCUCUUCAGUUAGUCCGUGGAGAUUUUAAUGAAAAAUUGGGGCAAUAUUCAAAUGUUAAUAAUCGUAAAGUAGAUUUUUGUCCAUUUGAAUUACGUGAAUUAUAUCGAUUAAAUGACUCAACAUUGUCAUCAUCAUCGUCAUUCAGUCGACCAAUAGAAUUAUUUGAAGGAAGUAGUUUUAAUUUACAAAAUGGUAUAUUACCAAUGAGAGCAUCUGCAUAUGAUUGUAUCACUGGAGAUUUAGAACCUGUUCAUUUAGCACCAUUCUUAAUUCAAUUAAUUAAAAAUUCUGAAAAGCCUAUUACGACUUUAUACUUAGACUCAGCUCAGUCGAUUAUACACGGUCAUUGGAGUGAAUGGAGUCAAGAAUAUUGGACUGUACGUCGAAGCAUUACAAUAGCAAAACAUUUACGUGAUAUUGGUGAUAAUUACCGUGGAGCUUAUUUACAUUCUAAUGAUAUUUCAGAUCGUACAGUAUCACCGUCAAUAGUUGAACAUCUUGGUCCAGGUUCCAGUUGGUUACGUCCACAAUGGCCACUUUCACCAGCUCUAGGUGGACCAUAUGUAGCAGUUCAUUGGCGUCGUGGAGAUUUUGUUACUACAAGCACUAACGCUACAACAACAACUGUUACUACUACUAGUCGAUCUCCUAAUAAUGUUUCAGCAGCCCAACAAAUUCUAAAUGCUGUCAAGAUAUUUAAUCAGUAUGAAGAUCAUUACAUCGAUACAAUUUAUCUAGCCACAGAUGCUAAUAAAGAAGAACUAGAAAAUCUGAAAAGUUUACUUUAUCCACUUCAAGUAUUUCAUUUUGAGCCAACUGAAUCCGAGUGGAUAUCUUAUGGCCCAGGUGGUUCAGCAAUUAUAGAUCAAUGGAUUUGUGCACAUGCUAGAUAUUUUAUUGGAACUAGUUCAUCGACAUUUACUUAUCGUAUUAUUGAAGAACGUUCAAUUAUGGGCUUUUUAUUAAAUACUACUUUGAAUAAUUUCUGUUCAAAUGGACCAAUCUAUUUAUAUAAACCAAAUUAUUAUAAUACAGAAUUAUCUACAUGUCAAUCGUUAACUGAAUGGCCAGUGAUUUAUGAAAAACAAUACACUAUCUCAUCAUCAUCAUCACCAUCAUCAUUAUCACCAAUGAUCAAUGAUGAACUACUUUCAAAUGAAUAUAUUAAAGAUGAUUUAUGAUGUUGGAUAAUGUUUAACAUAUAGGAAGAGACUGAUACAGCAUAUUACCCAUCUAUUAUCACUACUACUACUACUGCUGCUGCUGCUGUUACUGGCUUCGAUCGUUCUCUCCUCUAUGUUCCUUUCCUUUUUGUUUGUG